AUGUCGCUUCCUCUUACGUCUUUAGCAGGGGCCAUCGCCUCCCCCCGUGUGGUGGCAAGCAUCGCCCCCGGUAGCAGCAGCAGCGCCGACUGCUACGUCAUUGUAUGGGUCGAGGGCAAGGAGACGCCGGUGUAUGCAUGCACCGCGCCUCUUCCCUCCACUCGACUCCCUGCGCCGUCGUCGUCGGCCGCUUCUGCCGGGCUCGCCGCUGUUCCAGCGGUGAACGUUGUGACGCUGCGGCGCUUCUUCGCUGCUCUCGUCCUUCUCUCGUCCCCACCACCGACGGCGGAGGCGCGGAGAGGCGGGCAUCGGGUGGUGCUGCCUUGCGCCUCUUCCUUUACUGGGGAGGCCACCACAUUGCUCUGUGCAACCCUUCCGCUGGGCCUGGUGAGCGCAUUCGGCGCGUCGCCGCCGUACUACUACGUCGCCGUGCUGGCCCCAGGCACUGCUGCCGUGGUGGACGAUGAGCUGCUGGCCUGGCUGGCCGCCAGUGUGCUGGCAGCGCUUCACCCCGACACGUGGGCAGCGGCUGUGUCGGCGAUUGGGCAGGGGUAUGGCGUGGCGCUUCUCUCACCCCCCGCUGACGCACCGGACUUGUGCUCGCAGCUUGGUCAGUACGGUGCCGCCGAGGUGGGCAGAGCGCACGCCGACGCCGCCGCGGUGGAGGACUACGGUGCUCGAGAGGUGCUGGCGGACAGCGCGGCUCAGUCUUCCCUAGUCGAGGUGCUCAGGGGGUUCGAGUCGUGCUGCGACUCACCGGUCGCGGUUGCGAUCAGCACCCUCCUCCGAAGGUGUUGGGCACCCUUUGCCAUCUCGCCCGCCACAGCCGCAGCCUCCCUGCACAUCUCGCUCGCUGGCUACUUCGCCCUUUCCCCCCCGUCCUGCCCUGGUGCGAGCGGCGAGGAGGCGCCCCACCUUGAGGACGCCGUGAGUGGCUCUGCCGCCUCGCCCCUGGCGCCGAUCCUCUACGCGUGCUCGGCCGACUGUCGAGAGGCGCUGCGCCUCCUCGCCGCCUUCUGCAGUCGUCGCGCGACGGAUCUCCAGCAAGUCAGCAGCACGGACGCCGCGCCUCUGGCAGUUCUCCCCCUCGGUGGUAGCAGCGGCGGCGGUGCGGUGGCCCUGGUGGCGGGCAGCGUCGGAUGCAUGUACCCCCACACAGUCCUGUACCAGGCGGUACUUGUUCAGGGCGAGUGUCCCCCCCGCGGCGCCGCUGUCGACCGCGCUGCACCAUAUGUGCACUGCUUGGCCAGCGGCGCGGUCGCUGCCUGCGGAACUCCCUGGCAUGCCGACUUACUACGCAGCGUGUGGGCGUGA